UCGAAAAGAUAGAACGUCGGUUGGCCGGUUGGAAAAGGUUAUAUUUGUCGAAGGGUGGCAGAGUGACGCUUAUCAAGAGAACUCUUGCUAACUUGCCUACUUAUUAUCUGUCUCUUUUCCCUAUUCCAGUUAGCGUUGCCAAGCGCAUUGAGAAGUUACAGCGCAAUUUCUUAUGGGGUAGGCUAGGCGAAGAGUUCAAAUACCACUUGGUGAAGUCGUCAAAGGUUUGCACUCCGAUUAAGGAAGGCAGGUUGGGUAUUAGAAACUUAAUGGUGUUCAAUCACGCCCUACUAGGAAAAUGGUCGUGGCAUUAUAGAUCGGAAAGAGAUGCUUGGUGGAGGGUUGUGGUGGAUGCGAAGUUUGGAAGCUUAUGGGGAGGGUGGUGCUCUAUGGAGCUUGGAGGUACUUUUGGGGUAGGGUUACGGAAGAAUAUUAGGAAAGGGUGGGACACUUUCCAAGGCUUUAUGAGUUUUGAGGUGGGGGACGGGACUAGGGUUCGCUUUUGGCAUGAUUUGCGGUGUGGAGUUACGGCUCUUAAGACAGCUUUCCCUG